GUGGUGCGUUUGUUUGCGUGUCGGCGUGUCCCGGCGGUGUAACCGGAGAGAGGGGCCUCACUAAGAGGGAAUGCAGGACUGCAAUGGAGCACAAUGCAAUACAGUGGGUGGGUGCUCCCUCCUGCCAGAGAGGCAGCUACGCCUUCUACAAGUCAGUGAGCAGCAGAGCUCAGGCUGACGGGCCGCUCCAGGUGUGGAAACUCGGUGAGUUCUACUUCAUCCAAUGUGGGCCGGAGGAUCCCGUCUGUAUUGCCGAGGUGACCUUGCUGUGGGAAGAUCAGGCUCGGCGCCACCUGUUGGCCAGUGCCAGACUCUACUUCCUGCCUGAGGACACCCCAAAGGGCCGAACCAGAGAGCAUGGAGAGGAUGAAGUCCUGGCCGUGUCCAGGAAGAUGGUGGUACGGGUGGAGGACCUGGUGAAAUGGUCGCGUGCCAACCUCGCCAUGUGGAGCGGUGGCCCAAUGCCUCCAGUGGUCAAGACAAACGGUGUCCACGAACUUCCACAGAGUGGUGGAGACAACGUCGAUGGCAUGCAAAGCGACAACAGUGAGCUCCUGGAUGUCAAAACUGAAGAUGAGCCGUCGCUGCGGCAGACUGUCAAGGUUCUCAGCUACCCGCAGUACUGCCGCUUCCGCUCCCUGCAGAGACGAAUCCAGGAUGGAGCCAGGGGCCCCAAGCUGCAGGACCCAUACCUGUUGGCCCUCGGGGCCAUCAAGGUUCUGCCCAAUGUCAGGGUGAUGUACUGCAGGGACACCUUCAACCACCCGACACUGGAGAGCAGCGCCUGUUUCUCCUGGCAGUUCAGGUGUCCAUCUCUGAGUCUCCGAGGACGACCUCGUAAGAGGAAAGGUCGCGACAGUAAAGACUCUCCGACCUCAGGCCAACCAGAGUCCUGGAUCGAAAAGAUGAAGGAGAACGUGAUGGGCAGCGUGGAGGUCGGCUGUGAGGGCAGCUGGCUCCCUCAUCCAGAGGAACAGCUGUUCCUGGAUCAGCUCUUCGUUUUCAUGGAGCGCCACGGAUCGCCCAUCCACAAAGUUCCCAACCUAGGUUUCAAGAAGAUCGACCUGUUCCUCAUGUAUUCAGUGGUCAAACGGCUCGGUGGCUACAAGAAGGUGACUUCGGACCGCCUGUGGAAGGUGGUGUACAACGAGCUGGGCGGAUGUCCAGGCAGCACUAGCGCAGCUACCUGCACGAGGAGACACUACGAAAGACUAAUGCUUCCAUAUGAGGAGCACUUGAGAGCCGGAGGUGGAGCAGAGUUUAAAAUCCCCGAUGUGCCGCUGCCUUCCAAACCCAGAGGAAUACGAGGGCGGAAACCUCUGCCCAGAGGCAGAAAGCCCGGACCCAAACCCAAGGAGAGGAGGACGGGGACGUUAUCACCUGCAGCUCCGCCUCCUAUUCUGAGUCCAAAUGGCGCCAUAGUGGUGAAACGAGGAAGAGGCCGACCACCAGGAACUCGCAACAAAUCCACGCUAAUUGCUCAGGCCAAACUGAUGGCUCAGCAGCAAGCAGCAACCAAAACAGCAGCAGCAGUGGUGGAGCUGAAGCAGCACAGUCUUCUGCUGCCCCCUGCAGGCAGAGGAGGACUGACACCCAGCAGCACACACCGGCCCAUCCAGCCGGCCAUUCUCCCGCUCAGCAUGCCCCUGACCCCUGACCUCUCCCCCAUGUCUCCUUCCUUCCUCCCCUUCAAAACGACGGAGCUGAAGUCUGAACGCGGCGACUCGGCGGCUCCUCCCCCUCCGAGCGUUCUCAUCCCAGCCCUCCCUCACUUCGUCACCGGCUCGCUCAGCAGCUUCAGCCCCAUCAAAGGUGUGUGCCCUCUGGAUGUCUUCAGGAGCCAAAUCAGCCUCCAGAGGGCCCCCGACAGCCCCGCCCUGACCCCUCAGGACCCGGCACAGCUCCACCCGGCCAUCUUCACCCUCCAGCCCAAAGGAGGGAACCCGGACACGCCCCACCCCAGCUCGGAGCAGCUGCAGCCUCAGCUGCACCAGCUCCACCAGCAUCACUGCUCUGGCUGCGGCUCAGACGACGGGGCUCAGCGCGGAGCCUCUAGGAGCCGGCCCCCACCUCCUCCACUCCGCGUCCUUCCUCUCAAUCUGGACUGCAGUGUCCAGGUGAGGAAGGUGAUGCGGGCUCACCUGGACUCAUCUCAGCUGCAGACCUUCACCCGCCGACUAUCAGAGGCACUGUCACAGGACCUGAACGCCAAGCCGCCCUGCUCUCCCAUCACCCCGCCGCCGGAGCAGGCGCUGCCCCUCAAUCUCAGCAAACGCUUACCACCCAAACGGCCCAGCGCCGAGGGCCCAGAGCAGAGUCCACAAGCUGUCAACAGAAACUCGGAUCCGUCGUCCUCCAAGAGGCCACGCGGUGGCACCCAGGAGCAAGCGCAGGAUUUCAGUGUCAGGGGCCGCUCCAGCUCCUUGGCGGUGUCCGGCAUUCAGAGCGUGGAGGCGAGGGGCCAGGAGGAGCCAGCGGACCUGAGCUCCCCGAGCCGCAUCAGGGCUUUUCUGCUCGGACUUCCACCCUUCCAGGUGAAACUGGAGGAAGACAUGAAUGGGACGAGGUUUGUGAAAAUUCCUCCUCCAACCGAAACCAAAAGGACCGAAGUCGGAGAUGGAGGCGCGAAGACGGAGGCAAAGAAGCAGGAGGAGCCGAUGGGGAAGGAGCAACCGGAGCGAGAUCCAACCUUAUGUCCCGGUCCCGCAGAGCUGAAAGGAGCCGGCCCUUCCAACAUGAACACACACUGUUUUUAGCGUUUAUUUUCAUAAAUUUGGAUCACCUCAAAGACUCGUCUGCGCCGGGUGUUUGCUUCUUUAAUGACGUUUAUUUUGCUACAUUUCCGUUUUCUCUGGAGGAAUGUCAUCAAACAGAAUCAUGACAAUCACAGAUGAGUUUCCAUUAAAACAAAAACGGGAGCUGAUUUUCUUUUUGUUCUUGAACACUGCCAUAACCCUGGGAAACACUAUACACUCUCCUCUACGUUCCGAUGAAACUGAAACGGAUCCACAACAGAACAAGAUAUCAUGUUUGGGUGAUGGUAUGCAUCAUGGCUCCUCCCACAGCAUCCCUGGUCUCGUUCGUUUUUAAAUUGUUCUCGACGUCCUUAGGGAGAGACUUAUUUUCUGAUAGUGUUUAAAUGUAAUCUAGGGCUCAAAAUGAAAAGCUGUCUUCACAAUGUAUCCAGUGAAAGUGAAGCUUUUCAGUUCUGCUCGUUAGCUGAUGUAAACGUACACAAACGUGCCUUAAAGGGCCAGUGACCCUUGCCAUUCCGGGCUUCAUCUGCAUCCACUCAGAUGGAGAUACCUUGAUGUUUCAACAAUACAGCCAUCGAUCAGGUUCACCAUCUUGUCGGCUUGCUCUCAUCUUCGUCUCUGUUCAGAUUCUUAGAUCCCACAUGUAGCUUCGACAGUCUAAACUACCUCAGGUUCUUCAUUUCUCCACCUGCCCCCCCUUUUUUUAACCCUGUUUCAGAAUUAUAAAACUAUCCCAACAUGUUUGAGUUGAAAGCAUGCUCGGAAUGGUCCACAACAUCUGUAGCUUCCUUCCUCAUUAGGUAGAGACUGCUGCCAAACCAGUAAGUUUGAAAUCAAAACAAAUCUUGUAUCUGCAGCUUCAAAGUGAGAAACUCCUGCUUCCAUAUUGGGAUUCAUGCGCUGUACUGAUGCGUCUCAAUAACUUAGAAAAUCACCAAGGAGUUUGUUUUGAUCCAUAAAUUCAGUUCAGAAAGUGUAACUCAUGGUUGCGAAGAUUUUCCUUGCACUAAAUUUCCAUUUAGAUUCUUUGCUAUAGCAUUCUCUGGACAGACAAGUUUUUUAGCAAUGACCUUUUCUUGCCUGCAUAACAUUUAUGUACUUGAACAUUAUUGGUUUUCAUUACCGGUAAGCUAUAAUUACCAAAAGCAGAAAUAAAUUCUUAAAAUAAAUCUCUUUCUGUAAUGCACUCAUGAAAUUUCUGUAGUUUCACUUUAUGGACUGAGUUCUUAACUUGAAUUCUCAAUUUAAAUUUCUUUAGAUGCACCUGUGAUUCCAGGAAUUUUAUGUUGGUUAAAGCCUCUUGUCAGAGACGAGAAACUAAAAUUGAAUCUUCCAUCAAAAAAAAAUUCGCUUUUCUUGCUUUCAAACAUCAAGGUAUUUCUUUAACUCACUUUCCUGUUCGCUUUGACACCACUUAUGCUGGUUCAGAUUUGCACACCUACUGUAUUCCUUUUGCUUUUUGUCAUAUUUAAGCCAGUUAUAAGUUACUGUCUCUCAUUUCUCAGCUUUUUUAUUUGACGCAAUCUAAUAGGUGCUGUUUUUUCCGAGUUAUGUAGCUCAUGGCCACACUGUUUUUUGACCUGUUUCAAAGCUCAGAAUGUUGUCUGAAAGUUUUUAAUAGGUGGAAAAAUUCACAUUGAUUUAUCCACAAAGAAAAUAUUUUAAAGAAAUAUUUUAAAAGAUGAAAAAUGUGCUUAUUAGUAAUUAUUUUUAUCAGAUUUGUUUGACUGUUGGUUCCAUGUUCAGCAAAAAUACUUGUGAGUGCAUGAAGAAACAAUGUGUAUUCAGUAUGCACCAAAGUGCUCCACCAGUUUCCUGUAUAAUUCUGUUAUUGAUAGUAUUUUUACAAUUUUACUUCAUUCAUUUGUUUUCCUUCUUCAUUGUAAAAUAUUUUUGGGGCAAAAAAACCCACAAAUGUCAAAUAUUCUUUAUCACAGUAAUGUUUUUCACAGCAGGGUAACUACUGUAACUACUGUCUGGCUCUGCUUCAUCACAUCAGUAAACCUGUAUUUUUUAGUCCCAGAGAGCUUUAAAGGAAUGUGUUUGUAGAACUAAUGAUGUGGACAGUGGUGCUCGCUAAAGAGUUUAUCACAUUUUAAAAUGAAAGAAUGAUAAAAAUCAUAUUGGUCCUCCACAAAGCUGCUGUUCAGAAGCUGCUAACAACUGACAUGAAAUGAUGGUGUUAGCAUUAGGAACAAUGUCUGACUUACAUUUUAAGCUGCUUGCCAUAUUUUCUGUAUUUCAUGAAAGUGUUGAGGGAACAUAUGAAGAAAGAUUGCUACCCUACAUUAUGUAAUUUAGUAUGAUGGUUAGCUGAACAUGCUAAUAUAAUAACGCAUCAGAUGAACGACUCGUCAGAGCUUAAAAGUAGCUGUUUGGGUCAAUGUGUUUUUGGACCUUCUUAAUUUUUGUAUGUUAUAUAUAUAUUCCCAUUAACUAAUAAAGGUUUUGUCAAUUACUGAUACAACAGCAAUAAUUUUGCCAGCUAGUCUCGUUGACAGCUUGAGUCAUUUUUGCAUUUUAUUGAAAUUUACUCAACAUUAUUAGCUUAUGAUUAAUUCAUGGGCACCAAACCUUCUUGGUUUUGCUGGACUGUUUUUUCAAAACAGUUUUAUCACAUUGCAGCGUGUUUCAAACUCGAGGCUCGUGGGCCAAGUCCAGCCUGCUGUUGCUGUUUCGGUUACCCACUAGACUCCAGAAUAGAACUUCAAGAAAGCAGUUGUGUGAUUAAUGGUGUUAAAAUAAGAAUUUAUGACUACUCAUCUUACAACACUUCAAAGUUGCUGCUACUAGAAUGGUGAUAAUUUUGUUAACUUAGCAUGCUGACAUUUAGAGUUUUCAUUGUAGUUACUGUUCCAAAGAUUCUAUAUUUAACAGUAUAUAUAUAUAUAUAUUUUAUUUUAGACAGUAAUUCCUAUGAAUCAAUUGUCUUUUUUGACUUAGAUUGGUUUAUACCAAAUUGUUUGUGCGCCAAGAUGCUAACGGUGAACUUUUUCUUGAGUUGCAGUUGCUUUAAGAACACAAAACUUUUUUAAAAACUCGUUGCUUUGCUCAGGCAACACUUUUAAAAGCUCCUGUUUAUCAUUAGUGUAACGGUAGAGGGUUGAUCUUACAGUUCAAUUUGUGUAGAGCGCCUUUAAUAUGCAUUUGCCAAACAAAUGCAUAACCUCAAACUGAUUCUUAUUCUAAUAACCUCAACUUUUAAAAUUGAGUUUCCAAACCUCUUCCUUUAAAGUUUGUCUGGGUCUGAUCAGCCUUGUGGUUCCUCCCAGGUGAAACACAGCUCCACUGGACCAAUUUAGAAUCACCUGAACAUUGACUUCAGUUCUUUUGCUUCUUUUUUUUGUUGAUGUAUUGAAUAAUAAUGACAUGCCACUCAUUAUUUUAUUUUAUUCUCUCUUUUUUUCAGCUUUUUAAACUAGUAUAACUUUUUUUCUUUGUUUGGAUAUUUAAGCUUAGACUUGCUAGUUUUUUUUUUCUUUGAUAGGUCUCACAAUGUUUACAGUUUGUUAUGCAUGUUAUACAGAUUUCUUAUGGUGUUUUGCACACUACUCAGUCUUGAACGGCACUGCUCAUUCAUGUAAAGUACUUAUAAGUGCCUGAUACUUAAAUUUGGAGUUGAUAUUUGUAAGCGAAAGAAAGUUAAAUUGGCUCAUUAGCCUUCGUGCCAUGGACUUGAACAUGGGGUCCUAUUGUAGGUGAGUUUUGUUAAAAUUUAUGGCCUUUGCGGGUUUUUGUAAAUUCUCGUGUUGAGGAUUUGAUGAGAGAAGACCCAUGACACCGAAAUAACACUCGGCUCUGUGUGUUGGACUGAACCGGACCUACAAGAUUUAAGAAAAGGGACGGCAAGUCGGUUGGACAUUUAUGAUGAUACAUGAUCAAAAUAAAGGUGCUACAUGUCACAUUUUUACGUCUUUGAAUUGUUGAAUUAAUUUAACUGUUCUGCAGCUUCCUAAGAUGCCCUAAAAGCUUCUCAGUUUUCAUAUCUAAACAUUUGCCUUAUGUCCUCUUAUGUAUUUUAUUGAUUUAUUUAUGAAGAAAAGUUUAUAGUUUCAAGGUUGGAUGUAAUUUUUUUUUUUUUAUUCUGGUAAUUUCCCUUAAAAUUUGCCUUGUAAUGACACAAAAUAUAUCAAAAGGGUUUUGUAAUACAAAUAACCUUGUUUAAGCAAAAAUAAAAUGCUAGUUUGAAAUACAUUAAGCUUUAAUGUAGGUAAAUAAGCACAAAUUGUUGAAUACCAGUACAUAACUGAUUAUCUGUGUGGAAAAUUUGAACUUAGAUUAUUUUAAUAUUGAAAGAUGCAAAAUAGUUUGUCUGAAAUUAAUCAAAAUUCAGUCUAAAAUAAAGAAAUGUGUUUGAAAUAUAAAAUAAUCUUCUCUCUCCACCGCCAUAAGCUUUCAGGACUGUCUUGAAUAGCAAACAUCCCAAAUGUCCAUUUUAUACAACUGUAACUUAAAUCAACCAAAUACAGAUGGUGAAAAAUGCUCCAUGUGGCACCUUUACAAACUGGAUGUUACACAACAGAAAUGUCUGUCUGAGAUCUCUUUUAUAAGAAUGAAAGAAGAAAAAUAUUUUAUUUCCUGCUUCUAUUUACACACAGAUUGUCUGUAAAAUAAUACCGUCUGUAUCCAGAGUGAGCUCUGCUGGACUGUUGCCUCCCAAGUUUUACCCAACACAAUGGCGGUGUCCACAAGGCGCUGGACUGGAACCAGAAAAUUCUUGCUUGAUUAAGGAUAUGUUGUAUUUUAAUUGUUACUGAUUUACAGCACAUGGUCUGUUUUUGUUUUUCUCCAUUUCAUUUUUUUCCCCUCUGUUUUAAUGGUAAAAGACUUUCAGUGUCAGGUACCAUGCCAUUUUAACACUGUAUAUUUAUAAUAAAAAUAAUCUGUUAAUA